CUACUUUCUCAAAAAUGAGAAAGUAGAAUUUGGGGUACACCUGCAGUGGAACUCCUUAUCUAUAUAUGUGGUUGCUAGAGGCUAAGCCUAAGGGAGAUUCACUGCAAUACUUGUUUGGGUCAUCAGUUAUUAUAUUAUUGGCAGCUAGAAAUGGAAAAAAGUAGGGUUCUUGUUGUGGGUGGCACGGGCUAUAUUGGGAAGAGAAUAGUGAAGGCGAGCUUAGCCCAUGGCCAUGCCACUUAUGUCCUCCAUCGCCGCGAGAUCGGUAGCACUUACGACAUCGACAAACUCCAAAUGUUGUUGUCGUUCAAGGAGGCAGGAGCUCGCUUAGUGGAGGCCUCCUUCGAUGACCACCGGAGCCUUGUCGACGCUGUGAAACAAGUGGACGUGGUCAUAUGCACCAUGUCGGGAGUGCACUUUCGCUCUCACAACAUUCUCCUGCAGCUCAAGUUGGUUGAGGCCAUUAAAGAAUCUGGAAAUAUCAAGCGUUUCGUGCCAUCGGAAUUUGGCAUGGAUCCAGCAAGAAUGGGAAAUGCGAUGGAAGCAGGGAGGGUUACAUUUGAUGAGAAGAUGGAAAUAAGGAAGGCCAUUGAAGAAGCAAAUAUUCCCCACACUUACAUUUCAGCUAAUUGCUUUGCUGGCUACUUUUGUGGCAACCUUUCUCAACUUGGCUCUCUUCUUCCCCCCAAACACAUAGCCUACAUAUACGGGACUGGCAAUGUCAAAGUGAUAUAUAUGGACGAAGAUGAUGUGGCAGCAUACACAGUGAAGUGCAUAGAUGACCCCAGGACCUUGAACAAGACAGUAUACUUAAGGCCACAACAAAACAUCUUAACUCAGAGGGAGUUGAUUGCUAAAUGGGAAAACUUAAAAGGAAUCGAGCUUCAGAAGAUCACGGUUACUGCUGAUGAAUUCUUGGCAUCCAUGAAUGAUAUGGACUUUGUUGGUCAAGUAGGAGUGAUAUUUUACUACCACAUUUUCUAUGAGGGUUGUUUGACAAACUUUGAGAUAGGAGACGAUGGAGAAGAAGCUUCGCAACUUUACCCAGAAGUUCACUACACUCGAAUGGAUGAAUACUUGAAACGGUAUCUUUAAUAAAUAUAACAACAAUCAACGAUGGACUUAUAUGGUAGCCAUAAAUUUGCUGAAUUUCGGUGUUUUUUUUUUUUUUUUAUGUGUGUGUGUGUGACUAAUCACGAUAUUUCUACACUCUUAAUAAUUGGGAUAAGUCCCAGACCUAUGACCUUUCAUUUGGAAUUGAAGAAGGGUCACAACAAUGCCAUCAAACUACAAGGUACUUGGCAUUUCAUUCAGUUUGUUAUUCAUUUGAGUUGAUUUUUUUUUUUGUUGGAUAAUUAUUAGCUAUGACAAAAUCUCCUAUUAGAUCA